UACAAGUUUUAGAAGUUAUAAAAUAUCGAAAGACAGAGUCGGCUUUCGGCUCCAGGAACAGCAGUAAAGCAACUGAAUCCAUUGUCCUGGUUCCAUCUUGGAAGCGUUCAGCGAGCUGUAGGCUCGUAAAUUGCACUUUUUUAAUCCAAUGAUCGAUCUAAGAAGUGAUACGUCGACACGGCCCACAGUGGCCAUGCGGCAAGCCAUGGCUGAGGCCGAGGUCGGGGACGACGUCUAUGGAGAGGAUCCCACUGUCUUGAGGCUCCAGGAGCUGGCUGCAAAGACUGUGGGCAAGGAAGCAGCAAUCUGGGUGCCAACAGGCACCAUGGGGAACCUGAGCGCCGUCCUGGCUCACUGUUAUGAGCGUGGCUCUGAGGUCAUUGUGGGGGACCAGUCGCAUGUGUACCAGUAUGAAGCAGGAGGCAUGAGCGGCCUGGGAGGCGUUGCCUUCAAUGUUGUCCCAACACAGCGGAAUGGGGAGCUUGCUUUGGAGGACCUCAUGGAAGCUGUCAGGCCCGAUGACCAGCACUGUGCCCGCACAGCGCUCAUCUGCCUCGAGAACACCCACAACCGGUGUGGUGGAACUGCACUGUCUCUGGAGUACAUGAGGAAAGUCAAGACAUUUGCGGACGCCAAGGGCUUGCCAGUGCACCUGGAUGGAGCACGGGUAUUCAAUGCAGCAGUGAGCCUGGGAGUCCAUGUCAGCGCUGUUACAGAUCUUGUCACCAGCGUCCAGUUUUGUCUGUCCAAGGGUCUUGGAGCACCAGCUGGCUCCAUAGUGGCCGGACCAAAGCCAAUCAUUGACCGUGUGCACCGGCUACGCAAGAUGUUGGGCGGAGGAAUGCGUCAAGUGGGCGUUCUAGCAGCGCCUGGGCUACUUGCGCUCACGGAAAUGUCAAAGCGAUUGGAAGAAGACCACAGAAAUGCGCAGCACCUUGCAAAGGGACUGGCCAGCCUACCAGAUGUGGACAUUGAUUUGGACCUGGUUCACUCGAACAUUGUUACCUUCAGACUGCGCCACAGUUCUGCCUCUGCUGUUUAUGGCUUGGUGAAAGGCUUGCAGGGGCGCAAUGUCCUGGCCCUGCCUUUCAGAGCUGGCGUGAGACUUGUGACGCACAAUGACGUGAGUUUCAAGGACUGCCAAGUCGCGCUUGAUGCAAUCAAGGAUGUCCUGGAAUCUAUGAGGGACAACACUACAUAUACAAAUGGGUCGGGCACAGAUGAAACCUUCGCACCCACAGGGUACCAGUAGGUCAUGUAGUAAAUGACUGACAGAACAUCAUCUGACCCAGAUUCGGAAAAGAUAUCCUUGUGAUUACUACUGUAUGUAUGUCCAUUAAAUUCUUCCAAGCCGCUUGCCAUGUGGCAAUUGUACAGUACUUUUUCUUGUGCGACUUGCUGAGGGACGAUCAGUACAUGUGCUGCCUCGAUGUAUGUUUACAAGCAUUUUAACAUUCAUUAUAUAGCGCUGCAUCAGCAAUGUGGGUGGAAAGCUAUUUGGUGGUACUAGCUCAUGCACUUGCUUGUCUAGAUGCACUGGGAUUUCCCCAAAAUGGAAAAUUGACGAGCAGGAUUGCAAACACCGAGUUGAAUGGAUUCUAAAUUUAGAAUAGAAUUUUUGGAUAGAAUCUAUAUAUUUUUAAUAUAUAAUACAC